AUGGUCAACACAAAAGGAAGAGUCGGAUCGGUAUUUGAGAGCACACUUGGUGAAGGGGCUGCCUAUGGAUGGUUCAUUAUGCACGGCAUCAAUAGUGGUAUGGGUAAUACUGCAACUUUGAUCACAAAUCAGCCAGAUAUCGCAAGAUGGAGUGCGACGAGAUCUGGUGCACAAUGGUCACAACUUCUCACCCAACCUCUAUCCGUGACGCUAUCUGCCACAUUUGGAAUUUUAGCUACGGCUGCGGUUAACAACAAUUGGGGCUUAAAUUUGUGGAACCCUUGGGAUUUGCUCGGUGCCAUCUUGGAUAGAUACUGGUCCGGCAGCACACGUUUUGCUGUGUUUUUGUUGGCAUUUUGCUGGAUGGUAUCCAUUCUUGGCACAAACAUCGCGGCCAACAUGAUUCCGUUCGGGGCGGAUAGUACCAUGUUGUUUCCUCGAUUCCUCACGAUUCCCCGAGGGCAAUAUGUAGUGGAAUUCUUGGCUUUCGCCAUCUGUCCAUGGAAGAUUCUUGCUUCUGCUUCAGUCUUUACCACUUUCCUUUCGGGUUACGGUAUAUUUAUGGCUAGCGUCGUUGCAAUAAUGGUCUGCGAUUAUUAUGCGCUCACCAAAGGCAACGUGUUCAUUGGACAUCUCUACAACGGCUCCAAGGCAAAUAAACAUUACUAUUAUUUUCAUGGCUGGAAUGUGCAAGCGAUUAUUGCAUACCUUUGUGGCGUUGCGCUCCCGUUCCCAGGUUUUAUUGGAACUUUAGGUGUAUCAGUGUCAUCCAGUGCUAUAAAUCUUGGGCGUCUCGGAUGGCUGUUAUCGUUUUCAGUCAGUUUCGUUGUAUACUUCGCACUUUGCAAGGUGUGGCCAACUCAGAAUCAGAAGAUCAUCAAGGAGAUGGGUCUCGGAUGGGAAUCACAAUAUGGUGACAUUGUGAUUGCUGAAGAUGGGACACAAAUUGCAGAGCGCGGAGGGGUGGUUACAGCUGCCAGUGAUGAUUCUGAAUCUGUCAACAGAACAACGAUGGCGUAUCAAGGUGAGAAGUUUUGA